AGGAGAUCAUUCAAGAGUUCCUUUGACGAAAGCUAGAUUAGCCUUGGUGUUUACUGGGCUUAUGUUUGGCAUUUUCUUAGCCGCUUUGGAUCAAACUAUAGUUGCCACUACAUUACAUGCAAUUGCUGUUGAAUUCUCGUCGCUUGAUCAAAUAGCAUGGAUCGGAACUGCAUACUUACUUACUGCGACUGCAUUUCAACCUACAUAUGGAAAGCUUGCGGAUAUUUUUGGUAGAAAAAUAACAUUUUUGAUAGCUAUUUUCUUAUUUGAAAUUGGAUCCCUUGUUUGUGGACUAUCACCAAACAUGGUUUGUCUAAUUAUCGCACGUGCAAUUGCUGGGCUCGGUGGUGGAGGCAUCAUUGGAUUGGUUUAUAUUAUUAUCUCGGAUAUUGUUUCAUUACAAGAUCGUGGAAAAUAUCAAGGAAUGAUUGGAGGCGUUUUUGGUAUUUCUUCGGUCGUCGGACCAUUGCUUGGAGGUGCAUUUACUGACUCUGUAACAUGGAGAUGGGCAUUUUAUAUAAAUCUUCCAUUCGGUGUUAUAACCGUUGUUUGUGUAAUUUUAUUCCUUCAUUUACCACAUAUAUCAGGAUCAUUUCUAGAAAAAUUUAAAAGAAUAGAUUUUCUGGGAACAUUUGUUCUAGUGAUUGCGACAAUAGCAUUAUUAUUGCCGCUGAACUGGGGAGGAAAUAAAUAUAAAUGGGAUUCACCUAUUAUCAUUGUUUUAUUAUGUAUUGGAGGUUUGGGAUUUAUUGUAUUUGCGCUUGUAGAAAAAUAUGUUGCGGUUGAACCAAUUGCUCCCGGACGAUUAUUUAAGAAUCGGAUGGUAAUAGCAUGUUUUGCAGUGAAUUUUUUCCAAGGAAUGUCUUUCUUUGCAAUGGUAUAUUUUAUUCCUCUAUUUUUUCAAAUUGUAAAAGGUGCCACAGCCACAAAAGCUGGAUUAGAUUUAUUGCCACUUAUUUUGGCAGUAGUUUUCACAGUUAUAUUUACAGGGCAAUUAAUAUCACGUACACCUAUAAUUACGUACAAAAUGUAUUGUACUCUAGGUGGUAUUUUUAUUAUAAUCGGAUCUGGAUUGAUGAGUACUUUUUCUGAAACUAGCAAAAAAGGAGAAUUGAUUGGAUAUCUAUUGAUUGCAGGUAUUGGUAUAGGAUGUAUAAUGCAGAUUACUAUAUUAGCUUCGCAGCACGUUGCGGCUCGUGAAGAUCUCGCUAGUGUUACCUCUUUAAUGACUUUUUUUAGAACGAUUGGAGCGGUAUUUGGCGUAGCAAUUCUUGGCACAGUAUUCAAUAAUGAAUUAAAAAACCAUUUAUCAGGUGGUGCUAGUAGUUUUAGUCAAAGUGGAUUUGGAGGAGGAGAAAGAGGAGGAUUAGGGAAUGUACCUGAUUCCAUUAAGCCACUUAUUUUGAAUGCUUUUAUAUCAUCAUUUAGUCUUUCAUUUAAAGUAGUAACUGUGAUGGGUGCAUUAACCCUUAUUUCUGCAUUAUUUAUGGAGAAUACCAAACCAGCCGGAAAAAGAACAAGCGAGUAAAUUGUAGAAAAAGAAUCAAAAUAAUGAACUUGUAUAGUUGUAAUUUUAUUGUAAAUUUUAUGUAUAUUUUUUUUGUAUGAUAAUUAUGAAACUUAUAGUUAUUACAAUUACUAAAACUUUUUGAUUUUUUUGAUAAUUUGGCCUGUCUUAUUAUUGAAUAUAACAUUUUUUUGAUAGCGGUAAUAGUAUGGAGUGGCCGUCGUUCUCGCCGCAGAAUAUAAUAUUUCACAUUACGUGAUUUUCC